AUGGAGCCAACAGUAGGAGGGGGAAUUAUCACUGAUCAUGUACUUUUUAUUAAUGAAAGUGAAGAGGUUGUAGCAUCAGGACCAAAAGGAUUAAAUUUUUACAAAAUCUCAAAUGGACAAAUUAUAUCACGAUUAAUUAUAAAAGAAAAAGUAGUUGGAAUAUUUACAUUUACUUCAGAUAGUAUUUUUGUUAUUACAGUUGAUGGAACAAUUUCAUUAUAUUCAACUGAUACUUAUACUCUCACUAAACAAUGGAAAACAAUUAUUGAGGAUGUUCAAACAGUUCAAAAACUUGAUAAUAUGGUAUUUUAUAUGAAAUCAAGAACAUAUGCUUUUCUUGUUACGAUUAAUGUAAAUAGUGAUCAUAUCAAAAUUAAAGAAACUGUUAAUGGAAUACCUUCUUCAGAUGGUAGAAUUAUUUACAGUUUUAAUGGAAAUAAUAUUUUCCUUAUUGAUAGAAUUGAAAAUAAUAAAUAUCACACUAAAGUACAAGGACAUAUAAGAAAUAUUUAUGUUCAUCCAAAAAUCAAUACUGAUCUUUUUGUUUGUUGUGAAGGAGGUGUAUUUUAUUUACUUCAUUGUGAUGAAGAAUUAAAAAAAGGAAAUCAACUCAAUAAAAGUAUAGAAGAAGGUUUUUAUGAAUUUAUUCCUACAAUUAAUAAAUUCCAUUGGCAUUUUAAAAAUUUUGAUGGAUUUGCAUUAUUUCAAAAUGGUGAAAAAAUAUUAACAGGAGGAGAUAAUGGUGUUUUAGUAUUUUGGAAAACAGUAGAUGGUAGUCAAUCUUAUCUUCCAGAAAUUGGUGCUGAAAUAAAGAAAAUUACAGUUAAUAAUAUAUCAACAUUAGCUGCAUUAUCACUUGCAAAUAACUCAAUUGUUAUUGUAAGUUUAUCACAAAAGAAAAUUAUUAGAAUUAUUGCAGGAUUAAUUAAGUCAGAUAAAAUUAUUAUUCAUUCUGGUCCAAAAGGUCAAGUUAUUACUACUGGAAAUGGACCUAUUCUUCAAUUUUAUGAUCCAUCUGGGGAUCGAUGUGUUGCUAGUGCUGAAGUAUCACGACCUAAUGUUCUUCUUGAAUCACUUGAGAAAAGAAAACUUCCAGAUGCAGAUGUUAAAUAUAUAUCAAUGAUUGGAGAUGAUGAAUGGAUGGUUACAUAUGAUUUAAGAAAUAUGUCAUUAAGAUAUCACGAAAGUAAUUUAAGAUUCUUUAGAAAAAAACAAAAUGGAACAUAUGAACAAAUGGUUUGUAUUCCUGAACCAUUCCAAUCAGAAGUUACUUCAAUUGCAUCUUCUCCUUCUCAUAAAGUUGUAAUUACUACAUCACUAGAUCAUGUUUUUAAGGUUUGGGUUCUUGUUACUAGACAAACAAUUAAAACAAAAGGAGAAGUCCGAUCAAAUAUAACAUGGAAAUGUAGAUCUAUUGGUGCUUAUUAUGGAGAACCAUCAUAUUCAGCAUCUAUAUCUAAAGAUGGUAGUGUUAUGGCAGUUUCAUUUAAAACAGCAAUUACUAUAUGGGAUGUUUUAUCAAAUAAAUUAUUAUUUUCACUUCCUAUUCCAUAUGAACAACACAAUAAAGAAUUUAUACCUGUUGAAGUUCAAUUUUUAUCCAAUUCACAAUACAUUCUCACUAAAUCAAAACAAGGUGUUAUUAUAUAUGAUCUUCUUUCUAGAAAGAUUUAUCAAUCAUUCCUUUGUACUCCAAUUCUCAUUGCUGCACAUCGUACAUUAAAUUUAUAUUCAUUUGUUAAUAAAAAUACUGGACAUUGGGAUGUUUUCUUAAUGAAAAUAGGUGACAUAAAACCAGUUGCUGUAUGGAGAAUAGAUACAGAAAUAACAUCAAUGGUGUUCUACACUACAGUCACUGGUCUUGAAUACAUUUGUGCAGUGACAAAGAAUAGUGAAAUUUAUUCAUUACCACUAGAAAAUAUGAUUGGAAAAGAUGUACCUCAACCUUAUAUUGAUACAAAAGUUUCUGAAAAGAAGGCUGCUAUUACUCUGAAGAAACUUGAAAUGGACGAAUCAAAUAAUGAAACUCGAGUGGUAAAAAUUGUAAGUGAAUCAACAUUAGAUGGCCUAGAAGCAAAUAUUUCUGAUGUGAAUAACAUCUUCAACGUUAUUGUUGACUGUCUUCUUAAAUGA